UAUUGUUUUAUCCUUCCAGCGCCAUCCAUGUAUGUAAUAACAGCAUACAGAGAAAAUUAAAGAAUGCACCAAAUCGUCACCCCAACCUGCCUGAAGAAAACAUGUGGCACAGUGACGAAUUCAAAGAGUAUCUUUGUACAAUCGGAAAAGAGCAAGUCUGGGAUUCAAUCAUUAUACCAGGGAUGAAGAAAGCCCUCAUUCAAACUAUGAAGGCCACCCAGGAAAAUGUGAUAUACAAGAAAAACAGUUUUGACAUUUUUGGUGCAGAUUUUAUGUUUGGAGAAAACUUCCUGCCCUGGCUACUUGAGAUCAAUCUCAAACCUGACAUAGAAAAAGACACGUCAGUAAUGGAGAAGCUUGUUCCACCAAUGGUAGAGGACAUUGUACGUGUGGUGAUUGAUUACAAGGAUGACCCUAACUGUGACCUGGGAGGAUUUGAACUUAUAUAUAAACAGUUCUAGGCUAAUUAUACUGGAAAUGAGACUCUCAAUCAAGAAAAAACCUUUACAGAUCUAAAGAAAACAACCAUCUCUGAUCCAUAGCAGGUGGCUAGUGGGAUGAGUCUUGGAGGAAGGAAUAGUCCAACCAACCCUUUCCUUUUGAUGUCUAAUUUUUUCUUUGUUAUACCUGUACCUAAACAUAUUUAAAAUAAAAUUGGUAUUAAAUGUA